GUCAUGUUGUCGCUCACCCAACACCUCUACUCCCUCCAUAAGCCAGACUAUAUCAAGGCAACUCAACACCCUUUCCUCUCCGCCGCGGCGAAUGGCUCUCUCCCGCCCUCUCGUCUCGCACUUUGGCUCUCCCAAGACCGCUCUUACGCGGCGCAUGCCUACCCCCGCCUCAUCGGCCGAAUCAUCUCAGCUAUACCAUUCUCAUCAGCGCAUUCGAAAACGUCAGUCGAGGAGAAUCAGAAUCAAAGGGUUCUGAACGUAUGUAUCGACACAUUGAAGAAUGUAGCGGACGAGGUCGAGUAUUUCGAUAGAGAGGCGGAGAGAUUUGGGUUAGAGACGGAUGGGUGGAAGGUGAGGAAGGGGACGAGGGAUUAUCUGGCGGAAAUGGCGAGGAUUGGAGUUGAAGGUACUUUGAUUGACGGGUUGGUCUAUGUGUGGGCUAUGGAGCAGUGCUACCUCGAUGCGUGGAGGUACGUGACCUCCAAUAUGGAGAAUUCUUCUGAAGACAAUGCUGCUCUCGCAUCCUUUGCGGAACACUGGACCAACGACGAGUUCGUCAAGUUCGUCCAAGGAUGGGCUGUUCUCGUCGAUAGCUUCGAUGUGAAGCCGGGGUCAGAGCAGUGGGCUAAGUCGGAGGAAAUAUGGGCCAGAGUUAUUGAGCUUGAGGAGGGCUUUUGGCCUGAAGAAGGUGAAGAGGCCGAGAUGAAAGCAUAACUGAAAGGUCAAGUGACGGUAGCGCCACAGAAUGCCUAAAACAUCACUGUCAUUUAUUGUGAUUCCACAUCAAAAUUGGCUGUUGC